GCCAUACAUCCCACCACACCACACAUCCAAACCCAGAAAAAAAUUAAGAAAGUGAAAGAAAAAGAUGAGAGCUUUCAAGAGUAAUACCCUGCUUUUGGCUGUGUUUGCCGUCGCCGGGAUUCUGUUUUCCGGUGACAAAAACAUGGUUGUCGGCCAAGCUUGCCAAGGUGACAUGCAGGGAUUGAUAACUCAAUGUGCUAUGUUCGUGCAGAAGAAUUUGCCGAAGACGAUCCCGUCUUCAGGGUGUUGCGAGGUUAUCAAGUCGGUGGACAUUCCGUGCGUGUGUCAACAUAUCACCAAGGAUAUUGAGAGAAUGAUUGACAUGGAGAAGGUGGUCUUUGUGGCUCAGUCCUGUGACAGGCCACUCGCCCAUGGGACCAAGUGUGGAAGCUACACAGUCCCCCCUUGAAGUUGCAGAGUGUUGCAUGACGAUACUUCCUACAAAUCAAUGAAUUAUGAAUCAUUACCGAAGAAAAAUAUGAAUAAAUUCAGAUAGCAUAUAUAUGCUUCAUGUUGUAUCAGCAAAAAAAAAAAAAACUUAUGGU